AUGUUAUGUUCGUAUGCGUAUGCGUAUGUUCGUAUUAAGAAAGUCCCAGUAACAGCCCAGAGUUGGAAAGGUGGCGGUGUUUUACCCCGAGCACGUAAAGACAGCGGUCCUGCGCUGGAUUUUUCAAGUCUCACCGGUCGUGUAAAAUGGUAUCACAACGACUGUGAAACGGACGAAACUUCAAUGGAAAGGUAUUUCAAAAUGAAUCUCAGUGAUAUUGGAAAUUUCACGUGUAAAAUAAGCAAUGCAUUUGGUGAAAUAACAAGGACUUUUAAUAUCAACCCACCAAUCUCACAAGAAUGUAUUUUGAAUGUUGAAAAUGAUUUAAAUGGACAACAACCAUUUAUUUUGACGAAUAGAAAGCAGUGGUAUCUAUUGCAGAGUAUCGAGGGUUCAAUAAUAACACCGAAAUUGCGUCGUGUACAUUUCUUUUGUCCAGGAAACUAUGUAACCGAUAAAACAUCUAGUUUUACUGAACAGGUUACAGCAACAUGUAUAGAAAAUUCGAAGUUUAAAAUACAUAGCAAAAUUGUUGAUUUCAAAGACUUGAAGUGCUUUGAAGAAAAUAAACCAUUAGCAAAACUCAACGGACCUGACUGCGGUUUGGCAACUGAAAAUACAGAAUUGUUUACUGUUGGCUUCAACAUUCGAACCGAAUUUCUGGGCGUU